AACAACAACGGCUAUUUCCUAUUUGGUACUAUACAUUUACUACUGUGCCCAGCUGCCGAAGUCAAACUGAACUUUAUAUUUCAUUUCUUCGCGGCAAAUCGAAACCAAAAUUAGACAAAUGCUCUCAGCAACUUUGCUCUUACCACGAUUCUUCCUUUCACAACCACCUCCACUUCUCUCUACUCAGCAAUCCAAUUCUAAACCCAAACCCAAAUCCAAAUCCUCAACACAAACCAAGAACUCAAAAUCAAGGAAUAUUAAUAGCAACAACAACAAUGAUAAUCAUGACCAUUAUUACAGGACCACCUCCAAUUUCCAUUGCUGCUUUUGUAGCGAGGACCCAAUUGAUAUCUCCAGCUCCCAACAAAACCCAGAUGUCGGAUUUUCCGAUAAUAAUCAGUGGCCAAAUCCUGACUUGCUCGCGGUCUGGCUUCGGUCCAGUCGUAGUUUGAAAGAGGUCAGAAGAAUUCACGCGAUUGUUUUGAAAUGUUUGUGGGAUUCGGCUACGUAUGUUGGAAAUAAUUUGAUUAGUACUUACUUGGGUUUUGGGAAAUUAGCUGAGGCUCGUAAAGUGUUCGAUAAAAUGCCGAAGAAGAAUGUGGUUACUUGGACUGCUAUUAUUGAUGGGUACUUGAAAUUUGGUUUGGAUGAUGAGGCUUUAAGGUUAUUUCAGGACUCUAUUAAUAAUAGGGUUCGAGCGAAUGGUAACAUGUUUGUGUGUGUUUUGAAUUUGUGUCGUAGGAGACCGGAUUUUGAACUUGGGAGUCAGAUUCAUGCUUGUAUUGUGAAAGGUGGUUGGAGGAACUUGAUCGUAGAUAGUGCUGUUGUUUACUUCUAUGCACAAUGUGGGGAGUUACAAAGUGCAUUUUGUGUAUUUGAUCGGAUGCCAGAGUGGGAUGUGGUUUGUUGGACAACGAUGGUCACUGCCUGUUCACAACAAGGGUGUGGACAGGAGGCAUUUUCACUGUUCUCACGAAUGUUAAGUAAAGGGUUUUUGCCUAAUGAGUUUACAGUAUGUGGUGUUCUGAAGGCUUGUGGAGAGGAGAAGGUAUUAAAAUUUGGGAGACAGUUACACGGUGCCAUAGUGAAGAAAGUAUAUAAGAAUGAUAUUUUUGUAGGGACCUCCCUUGUAGAUAUGUAUGCAAAAUGUGGGGAGAUGACAGAUUCUAGAAAAGUCUUUAAUCGAAUGAGGAAGAGAAACACGGUUACAUGGACAUCACUUAUAGCUGGAUAUGCUCGGAAAGGGCUUGGUGAGGAGGCCAUUAGACUGUUUCAAGUAAUGAAGAGACGGCGUAUACAUGCUAACAACUUGACAAUUGUAAGCAUCCUCAGGGCUUGUGGCUUAAUUGAGGCUUCACUAUUGGGUAGGGAGCUUCAUGCACAAAUAAUCAAGAAUUCUUUGGAACCCAGUAUAUACAUGGGAAGCACUCUAAUAUGGUUCUACUGUAAAUGUGGAGAGUACCUUCAUGCCUUCAAGGUCCUCCAGCAGAUGCCUCUUAGAGAUGUUGUAUCAUGGACUGCAAUUAUUUCUGGUUGUGCACGUCUUGGGCAGGAGUCUGAAGCUCUUGAGUUCUUGAAAGAAAUGAUGGAGGAAGGUGUAGAUCCUAACUCGUUUACUUUUUCAUCAGCUUUGAAAGCAUGUGCCAAUAUGGAUUCUAUCCUUCAGGGGAAGUUGAUUCAUUCCUAUGCAAACAAGACCCCAGCCAUGUCUAAUGUAUUUGUGGGUAGUGCAUUAAUAUAUAUGUAUUCAAAAUGUGGGUAUGUAUCAGAGGCGUUCCAAGUUUUUGACAGCAUGCCAGAAAGGAAUUUGGUUUCGUGGAAGGCUAUGAUUGUGGGUUAUGCAAAGAAUGGGCUCUGCCAAGAGGCUUUGAAGCUUAUGUAUCGGAUGAAAGCAGAAGGUAUUGAGGUGGAUGAUUACAUUUCUUCUACAGUUCUCACUGCAUGUGGAGACGUUGAGUUUUAUAUGGAGCCUUCUUCUAAGUAUAGCUUGUUGUCUAGUUAAUCUUUUGCCUACAGAGAUUUCGAAGUUUGAACUCUGUACUGUUCAUUUCAUGUAUAUAUCCAGUAACGUAGAGCAGAUAUUAGCCGAUGAGAGGGGAAACAUAAACAUUGGAUCAUUGUAUGGCAAAAUGUCUUGGAAAGGAGUGUUUUCCCCCGACUUCCAGUUUGAACUCUGCCCGUGUCUCUUAUAGGUAUGAAGUAGGUGAGGAAGAAAGAAAAAUGGUUCGGUAUUUCUGUUCCAAUUAUCUUCAUUAAUCCAGGUGACCUCCCCUGUGGCGUUUCUCUGGAACAAUGUGUUGUAGACAUGUACUGUAUACUAGUCUUGUAAAUGUACACUUAUCUUGAUGGGUAAAAUUUAAAGGGGUGUAGUAUCUACGAAGGUCUUCCAAA